AUACUUGUUUUUGUUAAUGUGGGACAAAAUACAACUAGUCAUUUCUUACUACCAGUGUGAAGGACGUGGUUAAUAAACAAAACAAUGACAUAUUUUGACAGAUGUUGCAGCUGCCAAUAAAAUUUGUUACUCGUAGAAAUGAUCAUUACUGCAUCACAUUUCUUUUACAUUUUCAUUCAAAAUAAAACCAUUAAAGUCAUCAGUUUGUGAUAUUUGUUGAGGUCUGAACCAAACAAACAUGUUUUGUCGGCCAGUUUGUCAAACGAUUGCAGCGUCUGUGAUGUGGAUCAUGUGAUGAACCACAUUGUCAUUUCUAAACAUCUGGUUCACUGUGCAGCUCUACUCAAAUAUAAACAGAAAACGUUGAUGCCACAUAAUCAGCUUUUUUUCCACACAUUUGAGAUGUUAAUGUUUUCUUUCAGCAUCUGAAAAAUGAAGCUAUAAAAGUGAGAGCAGUGAAUCCACCUGAGGCUGACGACCACGAGCAGACUGGAGUUACAUCAGCUGGUAUCAAUCACUGAUUGUAUGUUAAAUAUUCUUUAUGAAGGAAGAACAUGCUGUGCCUCCAUUUCUAUUUAUUUCCCCCAAUUAAAAUAACAGGACAGUCAACAGACCACAGAGAACAUGUUGAGGAUUUGAAGGAUUUAAAUGUGAUUGUUCUCCUCUGCUAACAUCAACACGGCUUCUAUCCGCGUGUCUGCACCUGUUAUUCUUCAGGCUCACGUGAGUUCUUACACCUUUAUGUCUAACAAUGCUUAAUUCCGUCUUGUUUGAUGCCUGCACCACGUGACUCUUUGUUCCCGACUCCACCUCUCUCACGUGAACGCGCCAUAAGCCGAAUUAGAAAAUCCUGGGUUAACAAAGCUCGCUGAUAUCCGGCUUCUUUAACCCGGGUCUGCUCCUCCUGUUCCCGCCGAGCACGCAGCUGCUGAUCACCUGACACGGGUCGGAUUUAUCCAUCGAUGAAUCCCGGAUCUGUUCCGGCUCACGUCCUGCAGGUUACAUCUGAUUACUAAAUCUAGCAUUGAAACAUCUCGGAUAACUGCGCGUUCACGCUUCGACAUAAAGGGGAGAUCAAUCGAGCUCCGAAAAACGGAUCGCAUCAUGAACCCAGACAGAGAUUUCCAGAUGAUGAGAAAAAAUGAGAGGGCUCAUUUUUUCAGCCCCAAAGAGCAGGAACUGAUUUUGAAGUUGUAUGAAGAGGAGAGAGAGAUUCUAACAGCCAAGUCCAACACGACCAGCGCCUCCAAACUGAGGGAGGAGGCCUGGCAGAGGAUUGCUGAUAAAAUAAACACUGUGUCGGACAGCGGCUACAAGAGGUCGUGGCAGCAGGUGAAAGUCAAACACAAAAAUAUAGUGCAAACAGCAAAAAGAAGAAGGGCCGGGGUGUCGAGGAAUGAAGGAGGGUCUGCAACACCGUCACUGACCUCUGCAGAGGAGGACGUGCUGCAGCACAAAGACAGCAAGCUGAGGGUGGAGGUCCUCCCUGGAGGGGCCUGUAUAGAACCUUUGACUGGAUCUGGCAGCUCUUUUAUUAGUGUCUCAGGUCAUCCCGUCCUCCUCCUGCCGGUAACAAAGACUGAACCAGAGAGUUUGAGCAGUGACGAGACCGACGUCAGCGAUUCUCAUUUCGAAGGGGAUUUGAACAGCAGCAGCAUCCAGGAGAGGGCUACCUCCACAUUUGCUACGUCUGGUGGUCGACAUAUAGAGAAGGAGACAGACGACUUAAGAGCUCUUUACUGCAGCUACCUCCGAAAGGAGAUGGAGAACCGAGACCAGCAGAUGGCAUUCAGAGCGCUAAAAAUGAAGAAGUUGGAGAAAGAGAUCUUGUUACUUGAUAAACAGCUCAUGUGACCAAGUGACAAUAAUACUAUUUUUUUUAUAUAUAUAACACAAAUGUUCAACUUGUUUAAUUUAAGGUCAAAUAAUUGUAACAGUCACACAAUUCAGUCAUAUAAGCUCUUCCAUUCCUGAACCAGUGGUGAGCAUAAAUACAGUCACAUGACUGCGGUCUUCCUCUGAUGUCACGCUUGACUGUUGAGAUGAUGUUCAAUGACUGAUCAUAAAAAUCUGGAGGGAAAUCAGGUCAAUUUCCAGUUUAAACACACUUUCGAGUGGCUAACAUUAGCCUUCAACCACCUCCUGGCUAACAUAUCAUCCGCUAACAUCUAUUGUGUUUAACUUCCAGACUGAAAUAAACAUGUCCAGGAUGAGCGCUGAUAUUUAAGAGUUAAUUUACACCUUUGCUAUCAUAUUGUUUAACACCAUCAAACUUCAAAGUUAGCUAAGAAGUGGAUGGAUGCUAACGUUACCUGUACUUUCAAAUGCAAGCUAAUGGGUUAUUAACAAAUAUGUCCUUUUAUUGGGAAAUGUGGCUGAAUGUUCCUCCUGAUUUUCACUUUCCAUUAUCUUUUCAGGUGCUCAUUUGUCAGAUUUCUUACGUUUUUACGUCUAGACAACCCAGAACACAGCAGCGUUAUGCUAGCCACGUCUCAAAGUCGGCAGGAUGUUUUGAACGGGUUUUUACUUUAAUACUUGAAAUAAGGUCUAUGAUUAACACAAUCGUAAGAUAUGCUCAUUCAUAUGAUUUGAUCUAUGACACAUUUUGAUUUAGAGCCUGUUUGCAUGUCUUUAAAAAUCCAGUUGCUAACAAGCGGCUGAACAGUUCGCAACAUUUACUUGAAUUUGUUGAGUAGCUUUUUACUUCCGGUGAUUUUAUUUAUGCUUUGAAAAUCACAGAAGGGCUGCUCAUCUGUGAAGAUGAUCUUGUAUCAUAAACCUGUCAAAGAGUUUAUUUUCUGCAAUAAUCAAACCGCCCACAGGAUUUCUGUGGAGGGAACCAGAGAGAUGCUUUCUUCAUGGUUAGCCUACAAAAGAACACCUAAAACAAAGUGUCAGCCAUUUUCUUAUUGUUGUAGGAUUGCUCCGUGUGACAGAACAGACAGUAUUAAUCGCGGUCAGACUGAGACGGCGUUUGAAUCUUUGGUUGUGUAUUUCCUGUCACUGUCGCCUCACAGUGCAGGUUCAGAGCAGAAGGUCAUGAAGCUGUGGAGCUGCUCUACCUCAGGAGGAUUCCUGUAUCACAUGAGUUACAGCCCAGCACUGCUUCUGUUGGCUCCCAUCUCUGACUUACACUGAAUGAAUCAAACGUCUGUCUCUAGGUCCAUUAAACCACAUGACAGCAGCAGUGAUGAGUACUGAAGGAACUGUUUGUCGUAUUCAUACUCACAACUUCAGGAGACAGUAAUUAGACAAGGCAGCAUAAAGAAAGUCAUGAAAUGUAAUUUGUGGUUUCAGAUGGUUGCAGCCGCUGACAGGCUGAUGUUUGACGGACACCAGCAGACACUUAAUAUUUUCUGCCUGGUCUGUCUGCAGAAAGUGAAGCCAGGUAACUUAUUUAUCCUGUCAAGACCACUUUCUGUUACCUGGUGUGUAUCAUUUGGACACAUUGUGGACAAACCCCCAUGAAACACCUGUAAUCAGGUAAUGUGAGGUAGAUUUCUGCCACCAGCACAGGAUACAUACAGUGUCAAAUGUAAGUUAUGGGACUAAGCUACCUGUAGUACACUGUUGAAGAUGUCUUACUUUAAAUCCCAACAGAAAAUGUAAUCGGUUCAUUUUAAUGAAGUUUUGUUUAUUUAAAUAAUAAUAAAUAAUGUUACAAUCACACCUAAUGAUAAAUAUAUAUAUUUUUUCAUGUACAGUU